UCCUCCUCUGUAUUCCGUGGGGAGACAUGAGAGUGGCCGGCUGGCGCGGUCUAGGACAGUGAAAGUAUUCCACAACGAGACUGUUCGCAGGAGCAGGCAGCAAGAUCUGCAUUCCCCAGUUGAGAGGCGCAUGUUUCGGUUCUGGGUCGCAAACCUACAGCCAAAACAUACACACAAGGAUAUCCUAUCCAAGGAGCUGCCUUGUGAAGGCUGGGACCGGGACGAGCUACACAGAUGGGAAAGACAGGAGAAGAGACAGGGGCAGACGGCAGCAUGGCAUCUAUCGCUGACUACUACGCAGGCAAGAAUGUGUUGAUCACUGGCGCCACGGGCUUCAUGGGCAAGGUGCUGGUGGAGAAACUGCUGCGGUCCUGUCCAAAGGUCCGAACCCUCUACCUCCUGGUCAGGCCCAAAGCUGGACAGUCCAUGCAGGAACGGGUCAGCGACAUGAUGAAGUGCAAGGUGUUUGACCGCGUGAGGGAGGACAACCCAGACUUCCACCAGAAGAUAGUUCCUAUCAGCAGUGAGUUGACACAGCCUGCCCUGGCCAUCAGUCCUGAGGACGUAGAGAGACUGACCUCCUGCGUCAACAUCAUCUUCCACUGUGCUGCCACCAUCCGCUUCGACGAACCCCUCAAACAUGCCCUGCAGCUGAAUGUGAUAGCCACGCAGCAGCUCCUGAAUCUGGCCCAGCAGAUGCACCACCUCCAGGCCUUCAUCCACAUCUCCACAGCCUACGCCAACUGCAACCGCAGGCACAUCGACGAGAUCAUCUACCCACCGCCUGUAGAACCCAAGAAGCUCAUCGACUCCCUGGAGUGGAUGGAGGACAGCAUCGUCCGUGACAUCACGCCGCGCCUCAUCGGGGAGCGCCCCAACACCUACACCUACACCAAAGCCCUGGCAGAGUGUGUGGUCCAGAAAGAGAGCAGCAAACUCAACAUCGGCAUCAUCAGACCCUCCAUAGUGGGAGCCAGCUGGCAGGAGCCUUUCCCUGGCUGGAUCGACAACUUCAAUGGACCAAGCGGAGUCUUCAUCGCUGCGGGGAAGGGCAUCCUGCGCACCAUGAGAGCCAACAAUGAUGCGGUGGCGGACCUCAUCCCCGUGGACGUGGUCAUCAACCUGACCCUGGCCGCUGGCUGGUACACGGCCGUGCACAGACCCAAAGCAGCGCUGGUUUACAACUGCACAACAGGCGGCAUCAACCCUUUCCACUGGGGAGAGAUCGAGCACCAUGUGAUGUCCAGCUUCAAGAGGAACCCUCUGGAGCAGGCUUUCAGAAGGCCCAACGCCAACAUCACCUCCAACUACCUGAUGAACCAGUAUUGGAUCCUGGUCAGCCACAAGUUCCCUGCCCUCAUCUACGACCUCUACCUGAGACUGUCUGGACAGAAACCCCAGAUGAUGCGUAUCUUCAACCGGCUGCACAAGGCCAUCGGCCUGCUGGAGUACUUCAGCAGACAGGACUGGGAGUGGAACUCAGAGAACAUGAACAUGCUGAUGAGCCACCUCAGCCCUGAGGACAGGAAGACAUUCAACUUUGACGUGCGUCAGCUGAACUGGCCGGAGUACAUAGAGAACUACUGCAUCGGCACCAAGAAGUACGUUCUGAAUGAAGACAUGUCCGACAUCCCUGUAGCCAGGCAACACCUCAGGAAGCUGAGGAACAUCCGCUACACAUUCAACACUCUACUGCUGGUCUUCAUCUGGAGGGUGUUCAUCGCCCGCUCUCAGAUGGCCAGGAACAUCUGGUACUUUGUGGUCAGUCUCUGCUUCAAGUUCCUCUCCUACUUCCGGGCCUCCAGCACACUCACCAACUAAUGACCAACUGACUGUUGACCAGCUGAACGCCCUGCUCGCCUCCUCAACCAGACCUCACCCCUCAGACCUCCAGCAGCACACAACCCCAGUCCUCAACCAGACCUCACCCCUCAGACCUCCAGCAGCACACAACCCCAGUCCUCAACCAGACCUCACCCCUCAGACCUCCAGCAGCACACAACCCCAGUCCUCAACCAGACCUCACCCCUCAGACCUCCAGCAGCACACAACCCCACUCCUCAACCAGACCUCACCCCUCAGACCUCCAGCAGCACACAACCCCACUCCUCAACCAGACCUCACCCCUCAGACCCAGCAGCACACAACCCCACUCCUCAACCAGACCUCACCCC